AUGCAGCUUCCUACCCCUGCUUGUGCGGGGCCAUCCUCGCCGCAAGGGCUCGAGCGGGUUCUGGAGUCUGGUAUCGACGAGUGCAUCUGGAUCACCUUCCAGAAGCUGCCCCAGCACGUCAAGCUCAUCCUCUUUGUGGUGGCCGCCUACAACAGGGGGUGCCUCAGGGACGCCAGGAAUGGCAGGGUCCACCUCCUCGAGGAGAGAAAGGACAACGAGGUUGGCAGCUUCGCCAUGGAAGACAGCGCCGCAGAGGUCGACGCGAUCUGCAUGAUGGUGAGGGAGUCCAGCCACUGGGUGCUCAGAGUUCUCGACGAGCCUGCGCAGGAAUCCCCAGGGGGGGACAGCGGGUCGUGGAGCCCACUUUGGGCAACCUAA